GAAUGAUACACUAAAUUUGAUGUUAAUGGUUUUUAUGACAAGGUGGCUAUAAUAAUUUUCGAGUUUGAGCAGAAGGUAAAUAUGAAAAAGAUAAAAAGUCUCGUUAGCUAAGAUAUCACCCAAAUCUGUGCACGAACAUCAAAGUUGGAAACAAACAAGAACAAGAGAGUGUGUCGUUGUGGUGAAGAAAGAAAGAAAGAAAGAUGAAGCUGAAAGUGUAUGCGGACCGUAUGUCCCAGCCAUCUCGUGCGAUUCUUAUUUUCUGCAAAGUCAACGGAAUCGAUUUUGAAGAGAUCCAUAUAGAACUUUCCAAACGUCAGCACCUAUCUCCUGAAUUUCAAGCGAUUAACCCUUUCAAGAAAGUCCCUGCUAUUGUUGAUGGAAGGUUCAAGCUAUUCGAGAGUCAUGCAAUUCUUAUCUAUCUUGCUUCUGCAUUUCCUGGAGUUGCACACCAUUGGUACCCAGCUGAUGUUUCCAGGAGAGCUAGAAUUCAAGCAGUGUUAGAUUGGCAUCACCUGAAUUUGCGCCGUGGAGCAGCCGGGUUUGUUCUAAAUACUGUGCUAGCUCCAUUAUUGGGUCUACCACUAAACAAGCAAGCAGCUGCUGAAGCUGAGAAAGUUUUGAUAUCAUCUCUGUCCACAAUAGAGAACAUUUGGCUUAAGGAUGACGGGCUAUACUUGCUUGGUGGCUUCCGACCUUCCAUAGCGGAUCUCAGCUUGGUCUGUGAAAUUAUGCAAUUACAGCUUUUAGAUGAGAAGGAUCAUGAUCGUAUUCUUGGCCCGUACAAGAAAGUUCAGCAGUGGGUUGAGAGCACAAAAAAUGCAACGAAACCACAUUUUCAUGAAGUUCAUAAUGUCCUCUAUAAGCUCAAAUUGAGACUUUCAUUGAAGCAAUCUAGUCAGACAGAUGGGGAAAUGAAAUCUGGGAUUAAAGCCCCUAUAGCUUCAAGGAUGUGAUUAAUCAACCAUGCUAGUAACAUAUCUGAGACAGCUUAAUGUGACCAAUUAGCCAUGCCUAACAUUAUAUACAUCGUUGGUUGCAAUUGUCAGGCUUGAGUCUUUGAAGAUGAAAUUUAUGUCUAUAUUGAAACCCAUUAUGAGAUUGCUAAGCUUGGCAUAUAAUAAAUUUCAUUGUGAUUCAAAGAUUUACGAAUCAAGUCUUACGUGCAGAUUUGAGAUUA